AGUAUAAUGCAAUGACUCGAGUUUAAUAUGCAUCUCUCAUAGAGUCCAAAUAACACUUUGAAAUAGCUUAGCAAACAUGAAAUAAAACAUUUUAAUGUAAAGCUUACACACUUGGCAGACUGCCACAAUGAAUAGCAUAUUGAAUAUAAGGACAUAAUUUCCCGUGGGAAAUAAAAAACGAAUGAAAAUAUUAAAGUGAGGUAUUAGUUAUACAACCAAAGUAAUUAAAAUAGUAAGUCGGCAAACUUUGACACCAUUAACAACAUAGAGCACAAUAAAAUUUUGCAGCGCCAUUAGUUCUUCAAUGUAUUUACUAUUUAUGUAAACAAAAUUAAUGAUGAAGUCGACUUGCAAUUUGAAGAUAAAUUACUCCGUAUAUGAACACAAAAAAACAGAGACAGACCUGAUAUUGAUCCUUUGGGACGUUGAACUACAUAGAACAAUAAGAUGAAGUGUGUUAGGAAUGUGUCUCCUUGCCAUUUCAUGUUCAUAGGUAAAUCAUAGCAAUAUGCCAUUUGGGAGAAAAUGAACACACCCUAAGCAAUAUGCCAUUUGAGACUCUUUUAGGGCUUUCCCAGAAUCCACAUACUCAUAAAGCAUUGAAUUCACCAUUCAGUUCACAGAAUGCAGGUAUCUUAAAUUUCAAGAAACCAAUAUUGUUGUUGUUGUUUAUUCAUUUAUUCUUAUCGGAUCCGAAACUAUGAUUGACUUAACAAAACCCAACUGAACAUUUACGUUCUUCCCGUUUUAUUUUCAUAUGUGAAAUCAUUAUCUUUCUUUAAUUCAACAAUUUUGGGGAGCCGCAUGAAAAUAAAAAAUUCAGGUGGGAGAGAUUCUUUGCUAAUGAAACACAAAUAGGGAACUCACAAAUCUCUAUCUGAUUUUUGCUCAAACUUUUUAGGCAACACAAUACUCCGUAUAUCAUGAAUCCCAAAUUGACCAACUCUAACAAUUAUUUAUCAGUGUAGAACACUAUCAUCUAUUAAAUCAAAUAUCAUGCAAAUCAAAGACCAAAUGUCCAAUUAAUCAGCUUUUUAAAAAACCCCUCUAAAGCUGGAUAAGAAUUCAUAAAAGAGAAACAAAUAUAUUAUGGUAUGUUUGGGAACAUGGAUUUGGAUUUCAAAUCCGGAUUUGGUUUAAAUUCCAUGUUUGGGAAACUUAAGCAUUUUGAAUUUGGAUUUGAAUCAAAUUCUUUACAUUCAAAAUCAAGCUUAAUUUGAAAUCCAUGCACCUCCCCUUGUCAUUUGAAAUUCAGGAUUUCAAAUUUUGGAAUUGAAAUGAAUGAAUUGAAAUGAAAUGCUAGUUGCCAAACACUACCUUAGGGAUUUUGAAAUACCCCAAAUCAAAAACGGUUAAAACGUGCUGGUGGUGACCUCGUUAGAAUCGAUCUGUGGCAAUGGUUGGGAACAUGGAUGGCGAGAGCCGAUCCAACGGCAUGGAUGUCUGGUCAGAACUUGUUGUCCCCUGGACCUCGAGUUCUUGUGGCUUGAAUCUGUGUCACCCGGUCCAUCUUCAGUUUUAUUCUUCUCGCGAUUUGCUACAUGGUACUCCGUACAUACAAGUGGAAUAUGAGAAGCCAAAAUGUUGCAAACCUACCACCUUCUACCGUUACUUCUAAAAUGGACGGACCUUUAACGGCGAGGACACUUUUGUCUCAGGAUGUAAAAAGUACUACCUCCGUUUCUCAAAAGAGUUCCUCUUUUGACUUUGGGGGAAAAUAAGGAAGUGUUAAAUUGUAGUUGACUUUCCAAUUUUGCCCUUGAUGUGAUGGGUAAAAGUAAGAUGUGAUAGUUUAGUUGUUAGUGAAAAAGUAUGAUGUGAUAUGUAGGGUAUGAAAAAGUAGGGGUAAAAGUGGGUUUUUAAUAGAAAGGGGAAGUGUUU